AUGGAGGUUGAGUAUCUUGAAGACGUAAAAGAGCAACUUGAUUUUCAACGAUAUUUCAAUGUAUUGCUUCCGCAAGAUGAAGAUAGUUUAAGGAUGAGGCAGAAAUCUUCAGUUCUUCAAUACAAUCUACAAGGAACUAAUGUCGAACAGCAGUUAGUUGUAAUUGAAGGAGAUAUAGAUUUAAAUCAAUAUUGGAAUGAUAAAAAAAUACUUCCAAAUUUAGCAAAUAAUGCUCUGGUUACAG